AUGGCCAGUUGUCUAUCUCUCCUAUCGCUAUGCGUCACGCAAAAGGACGCACCGCCGCUGACCACCUGUACGACACAGCAAUCGUCUCGCCAGGCUCAAGCGGCAGUCCGUAGAAACGAUAAAAUUCUCCGGCUGACGGAACUGAUCGCCAACCAGCAGCAGCAGAUUGGAGCUCUUCAACAGGUCAACGCCAAUCAAGUUGGAAGCGAGAAGAUCAUCGAGUCUCUCUCCACCGGAAUUGACGAGUUUCAUUAUGAUUCAGACGGAGGACUAUUUUUCGAAUCGUGGUACGCUCGAUCCGAGGACGUAUUCAAGGAGAACGGGAAGCACCUGGAUGAUAAAGCUAAGCGUUUUGCCGAAUCAUCGUUCCAGAUCGAGAAGCUCUCCAGCGACCAAUUCAAGACGCUCAGGUUCGUAUGCGGUCUCCAGACACCGCGCGAUUCAGACAUCCGGACCAGGCUGAUUGGAAAGCUGGAAGGAGAAGAAACCGCACCGCCGGCUGACGGUGCAACGCUGAAGCUUGGAAACCUGGUUGAGGAGUGCAACCGCAUUACCAACCUCAAGCAGGAUACGAAGAUGAUCGAGAAAGGUUGCUCAGAUAGAUCUAUCGUUAAAGCAAUAUAUCGACAUUCAACAAGUAGGAAGGAGAAAUUACGACAAACGAAUUGCUGGUUCUGUGGGGAUUUACACAAUGUAAAGGAGUGUCCCUACCAGUCUCAAACCUGUGUGAACUGCAAGUGGAAGGGCCAGGAGGAAGGUUACUGCUCAUCAUCCGAAAAGAAGCCAGCAAAGAAGGUCGAUAAACCGAAACCUAAACACUUCAUCAAGUUUAAGGGUAUCACGGUCGAGCGAAUCGACCUAACGAAGAACCGGAAGUAUACCAAGAUCGAAAUCAACGGCUCAACAGCGACAUUGCAGCUCGAUUGUGCUUCCGACAUCACCAUUUUUUCCAAGCAGACUUGGAUUGCCGUGGGUAAGCCUGUCAUCAAUUCUACGGAAGUCAUCGCCGUGAGUGCAUCAGGUGACAACAUCGACAUCCUGGAAAGCGAGUGA